AUGAAGUUUCUUGAGGUUCAUUGCUUCUGGACACGUCAAGGAUAUAUUGUCGUUCGAACAGACGAGCGAGGCUCGGGUCAGAGCCCCGGAGAGCUUGAUACCAUGUCCCGAGGUACUAUAGAGUGGUGUGGCGAGCAGGAAUGGUCUAGCGGUAAGGUGGGAUUACUGGGGAUUAGCUCCUUUGCAGGCACCCAAUGGCGAGUGGCUGCUCGUCAACCCAAGGGCCUGGCCGUCAUUAUCCCCUGGGAGGAUAUGAGCGACUAUUACCGUGAUCGAGUCCGUCAUGGUGGUAUUUUGUCGGAUCGUUUCAUCGACUUUUGGUGGAAGAAACGCCCAUCGCGCCAAUGGGGCGAUGGCACUCUUGAGGGAGAUCUUGACGAGCAGACUUUGUUCUCUAACCGGCGUGACCAAACCAAAGAUACCGCAGCGCACCGAUUCAUGGACGAAGAUUACUACAAUACCAGAGAUUUCGAUUUGUCUAAUAUUCAAGUCCCUCUGCUAAGUAGCUCAACUCUUUCGGGCAGCGGAGGAAUUCUGGUUCAUUUGCUUGGGAACGUUAUCGGCUGGAUGUGCGCCUCCUGUUCGUACAAGUUCUUGCGUUUCAUUGUAGGGCGCCAUUUGUCGUUCUUGGAUGCGUUCUUAAAGGAUAACGACUAUGACGGCUGGAAGUUUGGCCAGCAGCCCCGUGUGCACCCGUGCCUGCGUAAAGGCGAUUGGGGGGUGGAUGACCUUGAGCACGAACUGAAGACCCCAAUCACCUUUCUACACAAGACGUCCUCGACCCUGGAGAUUACAGGUCAUAUCUUGGCCCGACUGACUGUUUCUUGCUCUCGAGAAAACCCCGACAGCUCUCCACUAUCUGACAUUGACCUUUUCAUUACGCUACGCAGAUUGAGUGCCGACGGGAACGAAGUCUUCCAUACAGAUACGAUGGAUGACCCAGUCCCCAUUCUCAAGGGAUGGCUCCGAGUUUCGCUCCGCAAAGUCAAUACUAAACAUCCGUUCCAUCGUCACUAUCUCCCUUAUAGAGACUAUACGAGGGCUGAUGUUCAGCUUGUGAAGGAUAAUGGGAAAUACCAGGUAGAUGUGGAAACUCUGGUUCUAGAGCUUGUAGGCCGUGACACCCAGGGUGUCGGCAAGUUCUCCCACGAGCAUCCGGAUGAUCGGGAUCCAGCAGUUUUUGGCGGCCUCAACCAUCUCGAGGUGGGUCAGGGUUCUGGCUAUCUCUUGCUCCCUCUCAUACCGUCUUGAAAAGCUCUUAAUUGAUCACCUGUGGAAAUUUACGUAGAGGAUAGUACAUUAUGCUGUGCUGAGCAAAUUCAACCAAUGUAGAAAGAUGUCAGUUUAUAUCGAGAACAUAAUGAAGCUAUGUUGUCUACCCAGAAUGGAAGACUUAUGUCAGGAGUUAGUACAU